AUGGCUGCCACCGCUGGAUCUUCUUCAAGCUUUGCCGCUGCUGCUGAUGACCCAGCUCUUGCUCUGCCUUCUGUCCUCAAUGUGAAAUUGGAUCCUACCAAUUACCCCAGUUGGCUGGCGCAGAUCGUUCCUCUGCUCAGGAGCCGCCGCCUGAUCUCUUUUGUCGACGGCACCAGCAUUUGUCCGCCUGCGUUUCUUCCCGGCGCCGACGGAAAACCCACUAACGUGAUCAAUGCAGCUCAUGAAGACUGGAUUCAGAUGGACCAGUUGGUGCUUUCUUGGAUCAAUGGCUCCCUCAGCCACCCUGUCCUUGCUACUGUGGCUAGUUCUAUCUCCGCCCGUGCUACCUGGCUUGCUUUGGCGGCUCUGCUUUCGACUCCGGUCCCGGUUUCUGAUCAUGGCACCGCUGCCAUGGUAGGUUCUGGUGGGUGUGGCUCAGGAGGAGGAGAGAUGAGCAGUAGCAGCACAACAGGUGAAGGAGAUUCAAAGCAGAUGGACCUGCCCGGGUAUAAGUUCUCUCCCACCGAAGAGGAACUGGUUGGCUUCUACUUGAAGAAGAAGAUAGAGGGCAAGGACGCAAAAUUCAGGCGCAGGAUCCCUGUAAUCGAUGUCUACAACCACAAGCCUAGUGAUCUGCCUGCGUUCUUCUUCAGCCAACCGGAUUACAAAUACAAAAACAGCAAGCGCUGCAACAGAAGCACAGAUGAGGGCUUUUAUAAAAGCACAGGCAAGGUUCGUGAGAUCAAGGCUGAACAAUCCCAAGCUGUGAUUGGUAAUAAGAGGAUUUUGUCUUACUACGAAGGUCGUGCGCCCCAAGCCAAGAAGACCAAGUAUGUCAUGCAUGAGUAUUCUCUCACCAAGACUAAACUGGCCCAACUGGGAGCUCAAAACAAUCAGCAGAGGGAGUUAGUUCUCUGCCACCUGACGAAUAAGCCAGCAAAAGUUGCGAAGCUGAAAGAUGAUUCAAUCUCCGGCGAUGAAUUAGCUGAACCUGCUAUCGUUGGCGAAAUCGCCUGCUCUAAAGAUGAUCAAGCUGCUGCAACUGAUAUGAUUCAAGGCCCAGAUGAGCAUCUCGCAGACAAAGAUGCUCUGCUUGGCACUGAGAAUCGUAAUGAAUGCGCCGAGCCGUCCUGUGCUGAUCUUGGAGAAAAUAUGGAUUCAACCUUUCUUCCACCUGAGCAGCUAGCAGCCACAUCAGCCACCACACCCACCUCAGCCACAUCAUUUGGCGGCUUUGGUGUUGGUUCACCUGAUGGCUUCUUGCUCUCCGAUAUCGAUGAUCUGUUGAAAGAGCCGUCCUGUGCUGAUCUUGGAGAAAAUAUGGAUUCAACCUUUCUUCCACCUGAGCAGCUAGCAGCCACAUCAGCCACCACACCCACCUCAGCCACAUCAUUUGGCGGCUUUGGUGUUGGUUCACCUGAUGGCUUCUUGUUGUCUGAUUUCGAUGUUCUGUUUAAAGAGCCGUUCUGUGCUGAUCAGCCAGAUCAGCCACCACACCCACCUCACCCGCAUCAGCCAUCACCCGCACCUCAGUCACAUCAGCCACCACCCCCAUCUCAGCCACAAAAUUACUGCUCCUCCACACUGCCGUCAGCAUCAUGCACCAAGCAGGGAAAUGUUCCCGGUCUCUAUAAUGAUGACUGCAGUAAGCAGCUAUCUCCAACUGGGAAUAAUAUUUCUACGAAUUAUCACUAUGAACCGGUUAGUAACACCGCUUAUGGUGUUCAAAAUGGGGCUACUGAUGAAAGGUUCUCAGAGGUUUAUAAAAUUUCAACCAACGAUCACAAUGAAUCAGUUAGUUCAGAGGCUUACUUUCAGCAAGAAGAAAAUCUGGGAUCAAUCUUUCAUCCAAUUCGGCCACAGGAUUACACACUGCUGUCACCAAGGAACACAGAACUGGGAGAUGUUAUGCAUGCCAGUAACUAUAUUGGCAUGUAG